AACUCAAGAUUAAAGUGUUCACUCUGCCUCUCUCUCUCUCUCUCUCUCUAUUUGAUUUUUCUCCAUAGGCGGCCAUAUAGUUUUCUUCCGACAUGCUCUUUCAUCGACUCGUUUUUGCUUCGAUAUUCAUAUCUUCUUGCCUUACAAGGUUAGCAGAUGGAGCUACACUUGAAGGAGAUGAAGUGGAAGCUUUGAGAAGCAUUGGUGGGACAUUGGGGAAGACAGAUUGGAAAUUUGAUGAUACUGAUCCAUGCAGUGGAGUCGGGGGUUGGAUAGAUGAACCCUUAUCUACUUAUAUUGUUAAUAAUGUCACAUGUGAUUGUACCUUCAACAAUAACAACACCUGCCACGUCACCCACAUGUAAGCAUCUCUCUCAUUUAUCAGUUCAUGGAUUAUGGCUUAUUAAGCAUCUGACAUUUGAUUUUAUUAGCAGCAAGUGAAUAGUUUAGUUUGAAUA